UUUGGCCAGGCAGUGUAUAUGUGUGUUCUUGUUAUUUUGUCGACCCCUGCGUGUACCCCAAUCAACAGGCCACUAUUGUGUCCCAUGAAGUGCCGGACCCCUCCGUCAACACAUGGCAGCGAGGCUUCGUGGAGCGGCGGCCAAUCGGCGCGCCGCUCUUAGGGCGAGCCUCCGCGGCGCUCGUCCAAUCGGCGCCCGGCUCCUCUCGAGCUGUGUGCGGCGAUGCGGUCACGUGACGCGUGGAAAAGGAAUGCCAACAUGGACCCGUGGCAAGGACGGGACGUGAGAGAGCUGCGACAAUAACACGACGGAGGCGGCGGGCAGAGAAGACGGAGAAAAACACGGAGAGACGUCGACGCCGAAGCUCCUCGCCAACGAGCCCGCACCCAGCCGCGCACGGUUUCGGUGAUACCUCUUCGGGCUAGAAUUUCGUCAACAUCCCUUCUACAGCAUUGGCCUGGAUCAAUGGUGUCUCUCAGCAGCAGAACGCUGAGUUUGGAGAACGACCUGUUCAGGGACAGCGGCCUGUUCUCCCUCGGCCAGGGGGAUGGAGCCUGCAGCAAGGGGGGCAGCUCGGCCUCCUGCGACAGCCCUGACGCCGGGGAGCUGGGGACUGCGCUCUACUCCAGCCCCGGAGAGGAGGAGGAGGAGGAGGAGGACGAGGAGGAAGAUGAGGACGAAGGGGCGCAUCUGCAUAUUUUCCUAGGAGCAACAGGAGACGGGGAACUCGACAGUCAGGAGCCAAAGCUGCCGGAGUUCCCUUUCCAGCCGUCUUCUCCGUUCUCCCCGACCCUGGAGGAUAUAGAGGAGUUCCUGAGGGAAAAGAUGCAAAUGGUCAAAGAGGGGCUGCUGGUCCCCAAAGAGGAGCCCUCCACUCUGUUAUGUAGCUCCACUGACACUCCAUUCUCCACUGCGCCCCAGGUUGCUUCUCCAGAGACUAUCAGCGACCCAGGGACGAGUGACUCUCAUUGCACUUCCGGCCCAGACACUCCUCAGAAUGACAAAGACAGCCCUGGCCCAGCUAACCCUUCCCCUUCGGCUCCGGUUAACCCCUCGCCAUCCACCCUGACUCCCCCGGUGCUCCUGGGUGCUCCGCUGGUUCUCCAGCUCCAGCCUCUACCUUUGGCCCAGCCUCAGACUCCAGCGGGUUCUCAUCUUGAAGGCCAAAACGGCAUUUGGCUCACUCACCUGGUCAUGGGGCUCCAGGGUGCCGCCGGACAAAACGUCACCCUCCUAGCCCCCCAGAUGCCCACCACCCCCACCACUUUGCUGUCUCUAAAUAGUGUGGAUAACAAGUCAACUGACCAGAAGUACGUGAAGAUCGCCCCUCUGCCCAUCACCAUGAGGACUCUAGAGAUCACGGGCGUGACGGGGCUCGCCGCCGGGCAGGGCGGCGGCCUCUUAAAGACCGUGCCCCCCCGGGUCACCAGAGUGCCGCCUACGGAGAGGGUCCACAAGUGCUCCCACCCAGGCUGUGGGAAGAUGUACACCAAAAGCAGCCACCUGAAAGCUCACUUCCGCCGGCACACGGGGGAGAAACCCUACACAUGUAGCUGGCCUGAGUGUGGCUGGAGGUUCUCCCGAUCCGACGAGCUCUCUCGCCACCGACGCUCUCAUUCGGGCAUCAAGCCAUACGAGUGCUCACUGUGUGAGAAGAAGUUCGCCCGCAGUGACCACCUGUCCAAACACACAAAGGUGCACCGGAGCUCCAGGCCCAGCAGGAUCAUCAGAGCCACAGUGUGACGCCUUCAGCCGGCCUAAAAAGCCCUGCCCCGCUCGGCUUCGUCUCGGGCGGCGGGCACGAGGGUCCACGUUCCCCUCAGGACUUUUGGUGCUUUCCGAGCAGAACUUUUCAAAAGAUUCUUGAGAGAGCUGACGCAGCUGGCGCAGUUACCUUCCUUUCUCUUCCGCCCCGCUAUUUACCUUUCAGUGUUCCUUCUGAGCAGCUCAUCUUCUCUUAAGCUAACGGCCACCUCAGGAAAAACUCUUCCGAAAGUGGAUUUUCUGGCCUUCACACAAACCCUGACACAGCAACAUGCAUUAACGGGAGACGUUGACAGAGGCCCUCUUGUAACCACUGCUUGCAUCAGGUGCUUUUGACAGUAGGGGUGAACUAAUAACGGGGUCAUCUGUAGUUACAGUUCAGAGUUUGUAUAUUACUUGGACUAAGUUUUUGUACAUUUUGUUAUGUUGCAGUAUCAUUCUACAACUGUUUAAAUAAUUAUUUUCCUCAAAAGUCCCAUAAUAUGAUAAAAAGUGAAAACACGAACAUAGGACAUUUGUGCAAAUUUAUUUAGAAAGAAAGACUGAAAUAUGUAAUUGACAGUAACUUAAGCUUUGGUGGCUGUAGAGUAUUAAUUCUCACCAGUUUUGCUCGAUCAACUUUAAAAUCUGCUCUGUGCCUCAGUUGGUGGACAUUUGAGGUCAAUUCAAUACCUAAUAUGUAAUUAAGACAUAUGUGUGUACACCGAUCAGGCUUAUCUUUAUGACCACCUUCCUAAUAUUGUGUAGUUCUCCCUUGUGCCUCCAGAACAGCUGUUUAGAACAAGGUAUCGUCACAAGAUGGUUUAAAUGUUACUUACUCACCCUGUCAGUGGUCAUAAUGUUUUGCCUGAUCUGUCUAGUUCAGAGACAGGACACCAUGACCUAAUGACCCAAUGCACGGGGGAAACAUUUGCAGAAAAUUCAAAAAUUUAUUUCUGCAACUUUUUGUCGUGUCACACAAGAAGAGUCGAGGCCGUAAUUGCUGCCAAACGUCCCUCGGUUAGUUCACUAAGACAGCGUCAGGAUAUUGACUCUAGAAAAAAUGGAAAAAAACAAAUAAUCUGUUAAUAUUGAGCGUGGAUUGAUGGGGAAAAUAAUCAUUUUAUGAUGAGACUGCAAGAUAACAUGAAGGGGGUAGAGUAGUUUCCGAAUGCACGGUAUGUAAACAUUUUACCUUUGCAGUUCCUCAAAGGCAAAACUUCAGGGUUCACAUACACACGAAGCUUCCAGACAGCGUCCCUGUUUGUGUCACGUGAUCCGAUCGUAAGGCUCGGAUGGACACGACUCACGCUGUGGAGGCAUUUCCGUCAGAUGAAUUCUCCUUAGAUUUCUCAUGUUCAGAGGUUGAUCCGACUCUGAAGGAAGGACGUGACUCCUCGCAUCAGAGACGUCAACUCCCGUCGGUUUUACUCACAGCUCGGCCUGAGGAAGAACUCUUGACUCAGUGUUUUAUGCUUCCAACGCUAGCCUUUAUUGCAUUCAUUCAAUUGUGAUCCGCCGUGUUUGGACCCCUAUGCCUUGUUUUCUGUCCUAAUCUCUUUAUCGAUGCCUUUGUCCAUAUCUGACAACCUGUCGUGAUCCUACUGUCAUCAUAUGACUGCUUUUAUUAACUGUGAUCCUGAUAAGGGAGGGGGGUUGCCAAACCAGAAAUCCCUGCUCUGCCCAUUUAGAGAAUGGAAACUACACCCUAGGUGUGUAUUGGUUUAUAAGCUUCUUGUUCUCUGAAUAUCAUUGUGGCCUAGAAAACUACUCGGCCUAUACAUGACACUUUGGUUCAAUGGUGCAACAAUGAUGUGAAAUACUGCUCUUUCUUAUUUACAGUAGCAGUUACUGUAAACAUGUUUCUGUUGGUUACUGCAGCAAGAAAAGCUAAUAGUUUAAACGGCUGGAAAGGCAGCUAACAUCUAUUCAAUCACCUGUAUUAGCAUAUUCAUUAUGACGUGUACGGAAUUUAAAAAGACAAAGAUAACGUGUACAGCUUGUAGCCUUUAUAUAGAUGUUUUUUUUUUUUUUUUUUUUUUUUUCUUUUUAAUCAAAGAGAAUUUUUCAAUCAGCGCGUUAAGCUACUCAGUCGUGUUUCUGGAGAGGUUUUUUGGUCUGUUAUGAUGAGUUUUGAUUGUAGCGUGAUCAAUCUGUGGAAUGUGAGACUGAUUAUAGUCUGGGAUGUGGAGUCCCGCUCUGCCCAUUUACAAACCGUUUGAGCUGAGUCCGCUGGUAUCAAGUGCACUUGUGUUGGUGGAAAGUGAGAAACGGUCAUCGUGCUCUUAAUAGGCAGUCCCGUUAAAUGUACGGGAACUGUACGACGCAAAAAAAAAAAAAAAAAAAAAAAAACGAGAGAGAGAAAAGGAAGGUUAAACUGCACCAUGCAGCACUGUCGCUAUCCGUUCUUUAAUCUCAGAACUUUGGUGCUCGAUAACCCAGCAGUGCUCGGCGUGGAGAGCCUGUGCAGCUGAAAGCAUAAGGCUUCACAUAACUGGAUUGUCUCUGUUGAACCAGCAGGCACUUAACUACUACUACGCACCGUAGGCUACUGGCAAUCUUAACUUUAGCUCGAGCAACAUUGGUGCUUUUGAAUAAGCUCAGAAAGCAGAGCACUUCUGUAUGCAUGUAGCAGUGCACAGCCAUGUACACAGCGAUCGUCCUCAUAUCCUAGCAUUCUGAAUACACUCGUUUCACUCUUUUUAAAAAAACAAUCAUGCUCCGUAACAUAGAAACCCGUUGAAAGCAGACAGACGGACAGACGUGUUUAUCUGUCUGAACCACUGCCGUCUUUGUGUCUGAGCCUCCCCAGGCUGCUUCUACUGACCUAGAUCCAGGCCUGUGUUCCCUAAUCAUCAUCAGAUUCUCUCUCUCUCUCUCUCUCUCUCUCAUUCAUGCCUGUGUAUCUCGUUUAACACAGUCACUACUUUUUUUGUUUGUUUGUUUUUUUUAAAUACCAGAAAUGCUAUUUUCCUAUUUGCAAAAAUAAAGAAAUAAAAAAAUUAAAAUCCCUGA